UUUGAAGGGCGAAUGUGAGAAAAGGAAAGCCCGCUUCUUAUCGCUUAUCAAAGCGUUAUUUUGUCGUUGUUUUCUUGGUCUAGUGUUGGUGAUCUAUUACAACUUUUUCACAAACGCAACAUCCGCGCGAGGCAAACACGAAGCAAGACACAGCCAUUUAAACCGAUACAGAGAGAGAAAGAGAAACCCUAAUACCGAGCAAAAUUUUCCUUCAUUUUCCCUUCAUCGUUGUUUUUGUUCUCUAUCAGUGAUCGCGAACCACCUUCCGCUUCCACAUCCGUGCCACGCUACAUGGCGAGUGAUUUUGGCGCGAACGGUCCUUCAACUUCUCCGUCAAAUUCCGCGGAGUCCUUCAUUGGCUGCUUCAUAAGCUUGAUUUCGAAGUGCGAGAUUCGCUACGAGGGCGUUCUCUAUCUCCUUGACGUCCAGGAUUCCACCAUCGGCUUGAAGAACGUUAAAUCUUAUGGAACGGAGGGGAGAAGAAAAGAUGGCACACAAAUUCCUCCAAGUGAUAAGGUUUAUGAAUACAUUCUUUUCCGUGGAAGUGACAUUAAGAAUUUGAAGAUCAAGUCACCCUCCACUUCUUCUAAAUCAGAAGAGCAGGUUCUUAGUGAUCCAGCUAUUAUUCAGUCACGAUAUUCUGGGUCCCCAAGUUCCCCUGUGGCCUCAGUUGGUGGUAGAAAUUUGACAGAAUCAAUCCAAAGGCAAGAUACCCCUGAGAUAUCUAGUAAACCCUUUCCUGUUGGGUUGCCUUCUUAUCAGUUGGUAACUGAACUGGGACCUUCAAAUUCAUCUGUUGCUACUCAAGUUGCCAGUCAUCCAUCUUUUUCUUCAGCAAUGAGUUGGCAAGGGCCUAGUGAUGUAUCUAGCAGUGGUUCUAAUUCUCUGCUACAAUCUAGUUCCCUUUACUCCCCAUCAAUGGCAGCAUCUGUAGUUGUGCAGAAUCAGAUUAAAAAUGAAGAAACUCAGUUACCUACGAAGGGGGGAUGGACAAGUUUUUCAGAGCGUGGUCUACCUAUGUCUUCUGCCAUGACUUCUUCUCUUGUUAAUCUGACUCAUUUGCAUUCUCUUACCUCUUUAAAAAAUUCUGAUUCUCUUGAUAUUCCAUCCCUUACGAUACCUGUGCCAUAUUCUGCAUCCAUGACUUUUGAUGGAUCAAACAUGCCCCAGUUUUCUUCACCUUAUCAAGACAUCUGUGCAGAUCCAAGGCCAAUUCAUCCUCGACAUUCUGCUCCUUCAUUUGUAGAUUCUACUUCAGGUCUCUUGCCAACGACACCAUUUUUGUUAACUCCAGAUCAAUUUGCAAAUCCUAGAGAACAGUUAUUAUCUACUACACAUAAUUUGAACCCUAAUCAAAAGGGUAUGUGUUCUUUGACUCAAGCAUCAUUAGUGCCAUUUCCAGCAUCUCAGGCACCACUCCUUCCAUUACCUACUUCCGUGCAAAAGCCUCAAUACACAGCUCCACAAUUCACUGAAGAGUUUGAUUUUGAGGCCAUGAAUGAAAAGUUCAGAAAAGAUGAAGUAUGGGGCUCUCUUGGAAAGGCAACCACAAAAAUAGAGGGAGUACAGGAUAAUCUCAAUCCGGGUAACAUGGAAUAUCAUGGGAUGGUACCAAACCAUAAGUCAGCAUACAAGAAAGAUGACUUUUUUGACACAAUUUCCUGUAACUCUUUGACCCGUGGAUCAAGGAAUGGACAAAAUCGUUUCUCCGAGAGAAUGAAACAGGAUACAGAGACAUUUGGCAAUUUCCAGCAGAGGCAUAAUUUUAAUUAUGGUGCUGGACGGGGUGAGAAUUUCAGGGGCUCAUAUAAUUGGGGAGGAAGGGGUUAUGGCUAUGGUGGGAGAGGGCGUGGUCCAAACUUUCCUCUCUAGUGGUAUCAGGACUUUCUGAUUCUCUCGUGUUUUCCAGAGCUCCCCGCCAAUUUUGCCUAUGUUUGCUGUGUGUGAUCUUUGUCUUUACGUCAAUGAUGUUAACAUGCUUAUGGAACUUUCACAGGUGGAGACUGGAAUGUCAAACUUACAUAUGACCGCCAUUUUCAUGUUUUUUUAGACCAUGAGCUGGCGUUUAACGUUUCAAGUAAUUGCUGUCCAUAAUUCUAUAUAACAAUCAGUAGCCAGAGGAACUCUUACUCUUACAGUGAAUCAAUUUGCUCUCCCUCGUCCCUCCAUUAAAAAAGUAACAUCUUUUGGGGUAUACAUAGCCGUUGUUAGCGAUGAAUGAUAAGAUUUAUGCUAAUGAUAACUUUUAAAAUGCUGAUA